AUGUCAUCAAAAGGUGGUCGUCGACGAGAGUUGUUAACGCCAAAGCCUGAAAAAAAAGAUUCUGAAGCUUCUGAAGACGAGAAGCCAGUGAAAGAACAAAAACAAAGUCGAAAAGGUCAACCCAGGGCUAGACCUACUACACCAUGGUAAGUUUUUCAAAUGGGAAAUCAGUUUUUCUUAGUUUGGGCUGAUUUUUCAGGACGGGUAAGGUAGAGGUAAAGGUAGGAUAAAGUAGGGUAGAGCGGGAUAAGGUCAAUAAUGGUAGCAAAGGGUAGGAUAGAGCAUAGUAGUGUAGGGUAGAGAAAAAUAGAGUAGAAUAAAGUAGAAAAAAGAAGAGUAGAGUAAGAUAGGGUAUGGUAGGGCACAGUAAGAUAGGAUAGAAUAAGGUAAGGUAUAGUAGGAUAAGGUAGAGUAUGGUAGAGUAGGUUAGAGUAAAGUAGGUCAAGUUAAAGAUCUUAACUAAACUUUAUGACUAUGCUCUUUCAGUGAAACCCCAACUUCUCGUUACCCUUGGGAAGUCGAAAACCACAAAGAUGUACCAGACCCAAGGUAUCGCCGUGGCCGUCGGAGUCGAUCAACAACUCGUGAUAAAGAUCCGGAGCCAUUACCUGGCCAAAAUCGAAAAGUACCUGCCCGAGAUCAAAAAUCACCUGCCCGGAAUCGAAAAUUACCCGCCCGAUUGCCAGCUGAUAGUGCUGACAAUUCUGAUGACAGCUUAUCACCAGACCGUACUAAAAAGUCACCUGCCAUACCAGUACCAGCCGGGGAGAGGAAAUUACCUGCCCGACCAGUACCAACCCGUACAAAGAAUUCACCUGCCCGACCAGUACCAGUCCGGAAACAAAAAUCACCUGCCCGUAACAAGACGACACCUGCCAUCAAGAGAACGAUGCCUGCCCGAUUGCCAUCGGAUAGUGAAGACACUACUGAUGACCAAUCUUCAUAUACUGGUGAUGAAUUUACACUCAGUAGGUCAUCAGCUACACGGACUCGUAAAUCGCCACGCCGAUCAUUACCUACAAAGCAUAGUAGAUCAAAUGCUCAAUUGUCAUAUACUGGUAGUGGUGAUGACUAUUCUGGUACACUUUCGUCACAUACUGGUACUGCUAAUGACAAUUCUGGUGGCCGGCCGUCACGUACUCGUACUCAUGGUACUCGUGAUGACAAUACUGGUGGCCGAUCUUCACAUACUGGUACUCAUGGUACUCGUGAUGACCGUUCUGAUGACACAUCGUCAAAUAGUUAUGAUAACAGCUCUCAUAAUCUAUCAUCAUCUGAUAGUUCUGACACCUCUGAUGACCAAUCGUUACCUGAUCGUUCCAAAAAAUCACUCAGAAGGUCAGUACCUGCUCGUGAUAACAGUACACCUCGUCUAUCACCAUCUCUCCGGCGUAGAAAAUUGGCUUCAAGUCGAGUACCAGCCCGGAAGGAUAACAAUUCACCAUGCCGAUCAGUGCCAGAUCAAGGUAGAAGAUCAGUGCGAAAUCAACGUAGAAGAUCAGCUUCCAGAUCAGUACCACGUAACGGUAGAAGAUCAUCAGCUAGAUCAUUAAGAAGUCAAGGUAGAAGAUCAGCUUCCAGAUCAAUGUCUACUUCUGAUAGUGAACCACCACGCCGAUCAGUGUCAGAUCAAGGUAGAAGAUCAUCUUCCAGAUCAGUACCUGCCGGGAAGAAAGACAAAUCACCACGCCGAUCAGUGCCGGAUCAAGGUAAAAGAUCAUCACCCAAAUCACUAGCUGCUUCAGCUUCCAAAUCAUCAACCAAAUCAAGAUCUACAUCUACAGAUGAUAACGGCACCCCUAGCCAAAAGCCAGUCAAACGUGCUCGAGCUCGAAGAAGACGAAAUGCUGAUUCAGUGACUAGUGUUAGAUCAUCAGCUCCAGAUGCAGCAGAAGAGUACGAAAAUUUGAAAAAGUUUCUUGAAUCUCGGACCAAUCAACGUCGACAAAAGAGCAUGACGGAUUUGAACGGAGAAGUUGAUGGUCAAGAAGGUGAAGGUAGUGAAGAUCAGGGUAGUACUGGUGAACAUAGUGAAGGUAGUGAUGGUCGAUCAGAUGGAAGUAGUGAUGAUCAAUUCGAUGGAGAUAGUGAUGACCAUUCAGAUGGAGGUAGUGAUGGUCAGUCAGAUAGAGAUAGUGUUGGCCAAGAGAAUGAAGAUGAUGAAGAUCAAGAGCAUGAAGAUAGUGGAGAUCAAGUGGACGAAGAUGGACAUGAUCAAUCUGAUGAAGGUAGUGAAGAUAGUAACGAUCAAUCAACUGGAGCUAAUGAAGGUGAUGAUUCUGAAAGCUGUCAAGAUCAAGAAUAUGACGAUGAAGAAGAUCAGGAACCUGAAGGUGACGAUGAUCGGCCAGUACAACCUCUCAAAGGUAUCUUGAAAAGUAGAAAAGAUAAAGAAAUAAAAGUAGAAGUAGAAGAAGAAGAAAAAGAAGGCGAAGUAGAAGAAAAAGAAGAUCAAUACGAAGAUCAAAAGGUAAAAAGUAAUAAAAAUCGACCGGUAAAAGACAGAAAAAGACGUCAGCCGGUCCAAGAUAAACAGGAUAGCCCAUUGAAGAAGCAAAAGCCUUCUGGAAGGCGUCACUAUGAAUCAAAGCCACCCAAAAGCCGUGAAGGUAAAUCAAAACCUUCCAGACGUCGUCACGAUCAGUCGAAGCAUUCCAGAAGCCGUCAAGAUCAGUCAAUGCCUCCAAGAAGCCAUCAAAGUAACCCAAAGCCUUCUAGAAGUCGUCGCUACAAAGGAUCAGCUUCAGAAGACUCAGAGAGUGACUUGGAUUCCCGUUCCUUUGAUUCACCAGAAUCUCAAAGCUCUCAAUCUGAUUCAAGCCUGAAUGACAAUGAAGAUGAACCUCCAAGACGUCGUAACGAUAAACCAAGACCUUCAAGAAGCCAACGAGUAGCUGAAAAAGGAUUCAGAAGUAGGCAAAAUGAAGCGAAGAAGUCCAGAAGUCGCUACGCUGAAGUUAAAACGUCCAGAAGUCGCCAAGACAAAACAGGUUUUGUUAGAAGUCGCCAAGAUGAUGGAAAGCCUAGUAAACGACCUCAAAAUGCGGCUAAACCGUUAAGAAGUCGCCGAGAUGAAGUGAAUUCUUCAAAAAAUCGUCACGAUAAAUCUAAUGAUCGAUCGGCUUCAGAAGACUUGGAUAAUAAUAAGGUUUCUCGUAGUUUUGAUUCUUCCGAAUCAGAAAGUUCUCCAUCUGAUUCAACGUCAUCAGGACGUCGACAAGAUCAAGACAAGAGAUUUAGAAGCCGUUAUGAUGACGUAAAGCCUUCUAGAAGCCGUCGCGAUGAAGCAAGUCCUUCUAAACGACGUCACGAUGAAGCAAAGCCUUCUAAAAGAUGUCAAAAUCAAGCUAGGCCUUCAAGAAGUCGUCACGAUCCCGAAAAAUCUUUCAGAAGACGUAACGAUGAAAACAAGCCUACUAAACAACGUCGAAAUCAAGCUGAGCCUUCCAGGAGUCGCCAAGCCGCAUCAAAACGCUAUGAAGAGGAAUUUGAUGACCAAUCGGCUUCAGAAGACUCAGAAGAUGAGUUGUUUUAUCGUACCUUUGGUCCUUCAAAAUCAGAAAGCUCUCCAUCUGAUUCAACAUCGUCAGGACGCCAAGAAGAUCAAGAAAAGCGUCUGAGAAUUCGUAGAGGUAAAGCUGAACUUUCAAAACGGAGCCGUGAUAAAGCUGGACCUUCAAAACGUCGUCAAGAUGAAAAAAUACCUUCUAGAAGUCUGAACGAUGGAAGAAAACCUCAUAAACGGCGUUAUGACGAAGAAGAAGAAUCCAUUAGUUCUCGAGAUAAAGUAAAGCCUUCGAGAAAACGUCAGGAUAAAGUAAAGCCUUCUAAAAGACGUCGAGAUGAAGAAGAACUUUCCGUAAGCUUAGAAGAUAAAGUAAAGCCUUCUAGAAAACGUCAGGAUGUAGCAAAGCCUUCAAGAAGUCGCCACGAUAAAGAAGAGCUUUCCGUAAGCGUAGAAGAAGAAGUAAGGUCUUCUAGAAAACGUCAGAAUGUAGCAAAGCCUUCAAGAAGUCGACACAAUGAAGCAAAACCUUCAAGAAGUCGUCAACUAAAAGAAAAAGAAUCCAGAAGUCUAGGAGAUGAAGUAAAGCCUUCUAAACGACGUUACGAUGAAGCCAAGCCUUCAAGAAGUCAACAUGAGGAAAGAGAAGCAUCCGAAGGUCCUCAAGAUGAAGUAAAGCCUUCUAAACGACGUCCCAAUGAAGCAAAACCUUCAAGAGCAGCAUCUAAAACUCAAGGUAAGAACAGAGAUAAGAAUAUUAACCGUAAUGGCCAUUCAGAUCGCCGUGAACGUGGAAAUGUCAACAAUCAUAACCUACCUGAACGUGAUGAUGAUAGGAAACGCCGUAGAGAUGAUGGUGACCGUGAUGAAGAUGUUCAGGAUCGUGGUACUCGUGUAGAUCAUGGAAAACGUAGAAGAAAGAACGGUAGGAAACAUUGA